AUGGCCUCACAAGCAGACAGAGUGGCUGAAGCCCACAAGACUCUAUAUGAUCAAGGUCUCGCGGUUCGCACUGAUGUCACUGGGGCCGACCAUGUUCAUCGCUCGCUGCAAAAUGGCUCCUCUGAUUUCGCCCGGCCUAUGCAGGAGCUUGCGACAGAGGUGGGCUGGGGCUCCAUCUGGACGCGCCCUGGUCUCGACCGCAAGACUCGGAGCCUGUUGAACAUCGCCAUGCUCUGCGCCCUAAACAGGAUGACGGAACUUGCAGUCCACGUGAGAGGUGCAGUCAAUAACGGGGCGAGCGAAAUCGAGAUCCGAGAGACUUUGAUCCAGGUUGCAGGCUACUGCGGGCUGCCGGCCGGGCUCGAGGGGGUGAGGGUAGCUGAACGGGUGCUCGACGCCAUACGGGAGCAGCAAUCUGGAGAGAAGUCGUCGACAGCAGCGUAA